UUCCAAAUCUGUUUUGCCCGUGAAAUUCGCCGUCGCCGGAUGGAUCGACGACGGUCGUUUCCGAACUAUCAAAACCCUAAUCCAUAUAUCUUCCACCACUGUCCUCCUCUAAACCAUAAUCCUAAUUUCUUCUUCCGACCUCCUCCUUUGCAGAAUCCUAACACUUACUCCAUCGCUCCGUCUCCGCCACCGAUUCGCGAGCUCUCCGGUACACUCUCCUCUUUACAGUCCCUAUUGUCGGAAUGUCAACGCACCUUAGCUUCUCUAUCGGAAAAUUUAGCUUUAGAUCAUUCUUCUCUUCUCCAGAGGGACGACAAUGGCGGUUUUGUUCGGUGCCCUUUUGAUCCUAAUCACCUUAUGCCACCGGAAGCCCUCUUCCUCCAUUCACUUCGCUGCCCAAAUCCUCUUGACCUCACUCACCUUCUUGGAUCCUUUAGUAGUUACCGGACCACGCUCGAGUUACCGUGUGAACCACAGUUGAAUAACGGCGAUGGUGACCUAUGUUUCUGCUUAGAUGACUUGACCGAUUUUGGGAGCAAUUUCUUCUACAACGAUUGUCCAGGUGCUGUGAACUUCUCCGAGCUUGAUGGAAAAAAGCGAACUCUAACACUUCCUAGUGUGCUGUCUGUGGAAUGCAGCGAUUUUGUAGGUUCUGAUGAAAAAGAGAAAAUGAGUGUGUUGGAGAAACGAUUAGGGGUUUUACCGUCUGGUCUAUGCGCAAUAAAAAAUGAGAUUGAUCAAUGGAGGGAUUUUCCAACUUCGUAUUCCUUUAGCGUUCUUUCUUCGAUUCUGGGUUCAGAAGCGAUUGAAACGAGUGAGCUGAGCUCAUGGAUUCUGGUUAAUUCCACGAGAUACGGUGUUAUAAUCGAUACAUACAUGAGGGAUCAUGUGUUCUUGCUCUUUCGGUUGUCCCUGAAAGCGGUUGUCAAGGAAGCUUGUGGAUUUAUGAUAGAGUCUGAUGCUAAUGCCGUUGGUGAGCAGCAGAUUAUGAGCUCCAAAACUAGAACAUUCGAGUGUGCAGUCUUGGUUCGAGUGUUGUCUUGGUUUGCUUCUCAACUUGCUGUCUUGUAUGGAGAAGGAAGUGGGAAGUUUUUUGCUCUGGAUAUGUUCAAGCAGUGCAUAGUAGAAUCUGCCUCUCAGAUAAUGUUGUUUCGGUCAGAAAUAACCAGACCUAAAUCCUCUGGAGUUCUCGGCGAUUUGGAUGAUGCAAACUCCAUCAAUAAGGAUGUGAAGAUGCAGAAUUCCUUUAAGAAAAAUUCAGGUAGGGAAGUUGGCAAAACUUUGGACAGCGCUCAGGUGAUAUCUGUGUCCCGUGUUGCAGCAGCUGUUGCAGCUUUGUAUGAAAGAUCCGUGCUUGAAGGGAAAAUGAGGGCAAUACGAUAUCCCCAACCACUAACAAGAUAUCAAAGAGUGGCCGAGCUUGGUGUUAUGACAGUUAAAGCUGAUGAGGAACGGAAAAGACGUCCUAGCUACCGACCUAUUAUCGACCAUGAUGGUCUUCCGAGACAACGCUCAUCAAAUCAGGAUAUUAAUAAAAUGAAGACAAGAGAAGAGCUUUUAGCUGAAGAGAGAGAUUACAAGCGUCGGAGAAUGUCAUACCGUGGUAAGAAGGUGAAACGAACGCCUCGACAGGUGUUGCGGGAUAUGAUAGAAGAAUUUACAGAAGAAAUUAAGCUAGCAGGAGGUAUCGGAUGUUUUGAGAAGGGAAUGCCAUUACACUCCCCGUCUUCUAUAAGCAACGAUCAGAAAGAAAGUGACUUUGGAUACAAUACUGCAUCAUUAACAUUAACAGACGCAUCACCAAGAUUCCAUAAGCAAUGGAAAGGAGAGAACCGUGCAGAUAUAGAAUAUCCAAUGGAUACUAGAACCCAUACAGACAAAGAAAAGCGGUAUGAGGAGUAUGAUUCUGGUAGCUCACAGAGACGGAAGAGUCACAGAUCUUAUAAGCAGCACAGUGAUCACGAGGAGUAUGAUUCAAGUAGCUCACAGAGACAGCAGAGUCGCAGAUCUUAUAAGCACAGUGAUCGAAGAAAUGAUGAAUCCACUAGGAACAAACGACAUAGCCUCGAAGCGAAAUCUUAUCAUCAAAGCCACAGAUCAUCUCAUGAGAAGAAUUAUUCAGAUAAUAAGACGAAAAAGGAUGAUCCUUAUGACCGCCGCAGUCGGAAAUCUAGGAAUCAAAACUCGUUUGAAGAAAGAUACAAUCCAGAAGAAAGAUACAAUCCAAAAGAAAGGGAGUGAACUUGAAAGAAGGUAAGUUGUUUUGAAACCAUCUCUCUAUCUCCUUAUCGCCGUGUGGGCUGUCUGACUUUGAGACAGGUCCGGAGCAUUUAUCCAGAGCAUUGGCAAUUAUUUGUGAAUCAGUAUCCUCUUUUGUAUCCUUAACCUUGAUCUUAUUUUCUUUGAUGCAUCUAUUUGUUAAUCAAAUCCUUAUCUUUGCGUUAUCUCAAAGUCUCUUAGGCUUAUAGAUUCACUGAAGUUACCAAUCCUCUCUAUAUAUGUUCAGUUUUAGUUUGUGUUCUCCUCUGCUUUGACAUAUUGAAGUUAUUUUCAAGCCAUGGCCCAUGUGAUUGCUAAGAAGAAAUAGGAACUUCACAAGGUUUGUAAUGGUGAGAGACAACAAUUCACCGGUUUAUGCGGUUUAACGGGACUGGUUUAGCUUUUUAUUCUUUUUUUUCCUGUUCUAGUCUGAUCACCGUGUUCCGCCCUGUACACGGUGAUCGCCCAUGGUAUUACUAUCACUUAAGCCAAUGAAAACAAUGUAAUCGGUGAAUUAUAUGUCUCGUGUUUCUCUAUUAUAAGCUCAACAAACAAAAAUCGUCUGUAACAUCUAUGUGAGGUAUGACGUGGCAGUAAAGAAACGGAACACUGAACGGCUACAUCAAUUGGCCAGUGGAGUUCUUCGAAUGAUGAAGAAAAAGUACAGAAGUGUAGAAUCUUUCUUCUACAUUGUUUUGCUACUUCUUUCUGACUCGGAUUCAUAUUCCGGCCAAUUGUGUAACUAACGACACUGUUUAUAAGCAAAAAUGUAAGAUUCUUUUUUCUUUUCCUGUUUGAUACUAAAUUAUCU